CUCAGUUCACACCUAGAGAUGUAACAUAACACUUUGUAUUUCGACACCACUGCUGCUCUCGUAUUGCCAAUGAUACAAUAGAGAAUACGAGUGUAAUCGCUUCGUAAUCUGAAAACAGACGCUAAAUCCCUCUAUUUAAAUAGCUUUAAACCUAUUAAUAGCCUCGCUCUCAGAUGAGAGCAUCAUAGCCGACAAACAUCGUAAUAUUCCUGGAUUAGAACGAAGUGACUCCCAAGGAGGACGGUAUUCGGUCCGUCCACCUAUGGUCUGGCAGGUCUUUGCCUAGGCUACGGAUAAAAUGUGGGAUGAAGUUGAUCCGUCUGCGCCGGUUAAGUAUGGCGCUGUCAUAGCGGUGACAGUGAUCUGUAAGUCUUGGCCUUUGUUGUUCUUUGUACUAUUUGAAGCGUGUUUGUUGCAAUGAAAUAACCAAGUCAAAAAUAUAGAAUAGACUUUGAAUGAAAUGUGAAUGCGGGGCAAGGAAAUUACUCAGAAUAUCAAAUCGAUUUAACAGUUUUUAAAAAAGGCUCUAAAGAUAAUUUUCAUUUUCUAUUAUAAUUCAACUUGGUUUGUCUUUUUGUCUCUCUAGAGAGAGAGAUAACUUUGCUGUUAUUUUGAAUAUUAAACAGACAAUAACAAAAUUGGUGGUGUUAAUUCUAAUUUGUGAAGAACACUUUACUAAAUUUGCCAGCAUAUAUUUAUGCUCUCUCUGCAGACAUCUGUUAUUAAGAUGUUAUCUUUAUGUUAUUCAAUGUUUUUGAACAGUUCUUUACCACAACAAAUAUCCCAGCUCUUAAUAUCAAAUGCACAGUUCACUCGUGCUCAUACAUUCCAGGAGCAUCUUAAAAUACUCAGAGUUUCUGUCAGAAAACACAGAAACAUUUGAUUUUAAGAGUCCUACAUUGCCUCCACCAAAACAUCAUCAGCUCAGACACCAGAGCUUCACAGUCAGAGUUCUAGUCCAUAUUCCUGGUCACCAUAAUAUUUUGCACUCAAAUCUACUCACUACACUCUUAGAAAAAAAGGUUCCAAAAGGGUUCUUCGGCUGUCCCCAUAGGAUAACUAUUUUGGUUCCAUGUAGAACCCUUUUAUGUUUCAGGUAGAACACUUUUGGGUUCCAUGUAGAACCCUCUGUGGAAAGGGUUCUAAAUGGAACCCAAAGGGUUCUACCCGGAAGAAGAACCGAAGAACCCUUUUAGGUUCUAGAUAGCACCUUUUUUUCUAAGAGAGUACAGCUUUCAAGUGAUAAUGUGGGAGGGAAUUAAUUGUUUUCAUGUUGUUUGUUGCACCGCCAGGCAUUGUUCUGCUGAGAAAAUGGAUUGCUGGGGGUGUGUGUCGAUCUUCAGUCCAAUUACGUGGCAAGACGGUGUUGGUCACCGGUGCCAACACCGGCAUUGGCAAGGAAACGUGCCGUGACAUGGCACGUAGAGGUAUGGCACAAUCACAAAUGUAGUUAUGUACACAAUGUCACAAAGUGUGUGUGUAUGUGGUAUGUGUGUAUCAGAUAUGGCCACAUUUUGACCUACUUUAAGGCUGGGUGUUAUACUGCUGCUUCGACCAUUCCAUCCCAGGAAAUGGUUGGAAUACUGGGAGCAGGGUACCCUCCUCUUUGGACAGAAUGUACUCUGUGGGGGAUGGUUUGUGUUGUGUGUUUGUGCCUUCUCUAACUGACUUUGGGGAGCUGCAGGGGCGCGGGUGGUGAUGGCGUGCCGGGACCUGACACGGGCUGCGAGGGCGGCGGACGAGAUUCGUCAGGCCACGGGGAACAACAACAUCGUAGUGCGUCACCUGGACCUGGCCUCUAUGUACUCUGUCAGAGAGUUGGCCAAAGAGUUCAUUGCCAGUGAGGAUCGCCUAGAUAUACUCAUCAACAAUGCCGGUGAGCAUCAGCAACCACUGGGACAGCCAUGUCUGGACGGGAAGCUGGCUCUAUGGCAUCAGCAACCACUGGAACAGCCAUGUCUGGGCACAGAUUCACAAAAUGUCUCAGAGGGAAAAGUGCUGAUCUAGGAUAGUUUUUUUUCUCCUUUUAGAUCAUAACGAAUAAGAUUACAUGGACCGGGGAGACCUGAUCCUAGAUCAGCACUCCUACACUGAGAUGCUUUGUUAAUACGGGCCCUGAAUGGGAAGCUGGCUCUAUGGCAUUAUGACUGAUAAGGAUGGUUGAUUCCAGUUAUAUAGCGCUUCAUCAUGAUGAUUGUCUCCAUCAGGUGUGAUGAUGUGCCCUAAGUGGCUAACAGAGGACGGCUUCGAGACACAACUGGCUGUCAAUCACCUCGGACACUUCCUGCUGACCAAUCUCCUUCUGGGGAAGCUCAAGAGCUCCGCCCCUAGCCGUGUGGUCAAUGUGUCUAGCAUUGCACACAAAGGGGGUAAACCGGACUAUUGGACUUUUUUCUGCCUUUCCAUAAUAUAGGUGCCAUGCAAUGUAAAAAAAAACUAUGUUUAUUUUCCUACAUCUAGGUAAGAUCCAGUUUGAUGAUCUUUUCUUUGCCAAGAGGCCAUACAACUCUCUGGUCAGUUACAGACAGAGCAAGCUGGCCAACGUGCUAUUCUCCAGAGAGCUGGCCAGAAGGUUGAAAGGUAAACGGAAAUACCCUUGGUUGUCUUUGGCUUUGUGCACAUUUAUUACAACCAUUACAACAACGAUAUUGUCACCAAUAACAGUUUUAAUUCACUGGCAGAUAGGACUUUUCCCAGACACUGUGUAGAGGUGUAACACACUGGGAUCUGAUCCCCUGGUAGGUACGGGGGUGACGUCUUACAGCCUGCAUCCCGGGGUGAUCAGGACAGAGCUGACCCGCCACGUGGAGACCUGGUUCCCCAUGCUGAGGGCCAUCCUGUCAGCCCCCUCCGUGCUCCUCAUGAAGACCUCCACCCAGGGCGCACAGACCUCCAUCUACUGUGCUGUCACCCCAGGAUUGGAGCACAAGUCUGGCUGCUACUUCAGGUAAGCUCUGUUGUGAAAGUAGUGGUGGAUAGGACAUGGACAUUAAGUCAAAGUUACUGUAUUCUAUUGUUUUUGAAUUGUUGUCAAGGUUGUUUAGCUCUGGUUUGUAAAGUGUUAUUGUGUGUGUGUCUCAGUGACUGUGUCGUGAUGGAGACCGCCCCAGAGGGGAGGGAUGAUGCGGUGGCCAAGAGGCUUUGGAAGGAAGUGCCCGUCUGGUGGGUUACAUAGAGAAAGACUGAACAACCCCCUCCAUCUGAAAACCAUAGAGAAAGACUGAACAACCCCCCCCACCUUCAAACCAUAGAGAAAGAUUGAACAACCCCCUCCACCUUCAAACCAUAGAGAAAGACUGAACAACCCCCUCCAUCUGAAAACCGGGAACUCAUGAACUUAGGACAGCCCUAACCCUCUCUGACAAACAGCUUCAACAGAUUGGACGACUCGUACCAAGGAAUCCUCAA